UCCUAAAAAUCCUCAAAUAAAGACAAAUAUAAUUUCAAAAUUAUUUAUCAAUUAAAAAAUGAAUGUCCCAAACGCUGUAUUGUAGAGAAAAAAAUUAUUGCUAAAACCAGUCAGCACAGUGAAAAAAUGAAACACUUUCUUACGGAUACUGCGGCUUGAUUGUGUAAUGCGAAAGGAAGCAGACGCAUCGUUAUUUGGUUUAGAUGAGGAAAACUGACGCACACUCGCAGUUGGGCGAUGGUUACGUUUGGGCGUUGGAUUUUCAUCGCCCUUUUGGGCCUCAGCGGGCCCUGCCUCGUGUGGGGCGGCAAACCUUGCGAGAAACCUUUGAGAACCAAAGUUACUCAAGGAUUGGUUACAACGGACGGAUCGCUUCAAACGCCGGAUGGGAUCACGUACCGGAAGGGAACUUUCUGGCCAGAGAAGAAUUUCUGGUGGGCUUGUCCGUGCCUGUUGGGACCGUGCGUCCGACAAUGCCAAGCAGAACUGGCAAGAAAGGCUAAUUUGUCGAUGGCCCGACAACCCGCCAUGAUCCAAAUUUGGGAGGACGGAAGGGACCGUUGGGUUCCAAUGAACAAAUAUUUCCACGUCGUUUUUGAGGUUGAAUGCAAACAGGCUUUCCCGUUGGAACCAGAAUAUGAACCUUUAGACGAAUUUCAUAUUCUUGCAAAUGGAUCGAUCAAGUUCCCGCACCCCAAUAUUUCUGAUGAAAUCCGCCACGACACGGCUGAAAAAUACUGCAUGAUCCCUCACGAGGGAAAACUGCAAACCGUCAUGAUAUGUUCACAUGUAAUAGAAAGCACAAUGCAGAACCUCAAAUUCAAAAUCUACCCGGCGUUUUUCAUAUUGAGCGCAAUCUUUUUGCUUCUGACUCUGCUGGCGUUCGUUUUGACGCCCGACCACAACACGAUUCACAGCAGAUCCGUCGUUUGCCAGUCCGGAAGUUUGCUCAUAACGUUCAUUGGCCUCACGAUUACAUACUUGACCGGAGAAAGAAGCCACAUAAAUGUCUGCAUUGUUGUUGCUUACAUCACUUAUUACUUCCUGUUGGCCUCUUUUUUCUGGCUCAACGUGAUGUGCAUCGACAUUUAUUUGACUUUCAGCGGAUCGAUGCUGCGGACACACGAUCGAAAGUUUCGCGUCUUCUCGCUGUACGCGUGGUGCACCCCACUUGCGCUUUUCAUUGUAACAGUGGCUUUGGACCGAACCACUAAAAAUCCAGCCUGGAGUCCUGGAAUUGGGCAAAAAAGCUGCUGGUUUCAAAGUUUUGGGUCGAGCUUCCUUUACUUUAAUGGACCAGUUUUGGCUCUGCUGUUGCUCAAUUCGUAUUUGUUUGGAACGACAGUGUGGCGGCUGUGGAAGAUGCGAAAGGAGACGGGCAGGAUGCUGUCGACCGCCGACAGCCACGUCCACAAACAAAACCAGCACGAGAAGGACCGACUCAGCAUGUACGUCAAACUGUUUCUGCUGAUGGGGUGCACAUGGUUUCUGGAAAUCAUCUCGUGGGCCAUCGGCGGCCCGGACGCGAUUUGGUUCGUCACGGACUCCAUCAAUUGUCUGCGCGGGGUGCUCAUUUUCUGGUUCUGCGUUUGGUCCAACAAAACCAUGCGCCAGGCGUUGAGGGACAAAUUUUGGCCCAAGAAAAAGGGGAAAAUGAAACUGAGCACAAUUAAGCCGGAACCGGAUGCCAGCUCCGGAUUGACAGCCUCGACGUCCGCUUACAACAUUUCAUCUCAAGUCGAAUAAUUGCAAGAGGAGGUUUCCAACAGCGUGAGCGUGAACAAAAGUUCCCAUUGCCAAAUAUAAUGAAGUUAAUAAUAACGCCUCCUCCACUGUUUGAAGCGUAUUAUGUGAAUUCGGUGGUCACUGGUAAAGUCUUAGGAGUAUAUUAUGAUAUCAUGUACAUACAUCAAGGGUUAGGUGAAUGAUGAUCAUUAACAAGGAAAUUAACAUUUGAAACUCCAAGCAAAACUGAAUGCUGAAUUUUUAAAGUCUUGAAAUUUUUGUCGGUAUUUCGAAUUUCUGCUGCAAUUCCUCAGCCCUCCAGAUGUGCCAAUAAGCCGUGUAUAAUAUCAAAGCUAAACAGCAAACUCCGAAGACUUUCACUCCCUAUAUAAGAAUUAUAAUUAUUAUAGGUUUUCUGUCUCUUCUGGCUGUGUGGCAUUUAAAUGUAUGUGUAUAAAAAAGCGUAUUGCCCAGCAUGCAGUAAAUUGUACUGAACCCUAGAAAUGACAACAGAACCAAAUUGUAUAAUUAUAAUUGAGAAGAUUGCCUUUUUUUCUUAUUCUUCCUGAAAGGCAUCAGGUAUACUUACACACAAAAAGCAGAGGCCAUACAAAAAAAUGUCGCUCCUUUCUGACACAACAACAAUUUCGCUGCGCGCUUUUCUUCUGCUCUUUUUAUUUAAAAUAUUUUUUACUUCUCAUACCAAUUUUAUUGUUCCAACAAAAAGUGCAUUAUCGCAUUAUCACUGUCGAGAUCAAUAGAGAUAUUUGUUGGAUUGUUUUAACCAAAUGGGCCAAUUUUGUCAGUAAGUUGUUAUUGAUUAGGAAUUUCUAUAAAAUAUGUAUUAUUCGUGACACAGAGAUUCAAAAAUUAUUCUUGAUUGCUGGAAUUGCUGAAGCAAGUUUAGUUACAUACGUUUCAUAUAGAGCUCAGUAAAAAAUUUCCUAUAAUGGUAAGUGUAUCCAACAUAUUUUUAAAACUCAGCCAGGCAUUAAUUUGCAUCCUUCUAAACCAUUUAUGCAUUUAUCAGACUUUGGUGAUGCGUGCAAGGCAAUACGAAAAGCAAUUUUAAUCCUUUUGGUAAUUCCGACUAGUUUACCCUCGAUGAUGAAAUUAUUGUUUUACUCUCGAUGAUGAAGAAUUUAAAAUUUCAGCAUUGAAGUAACUUUUUUUUGUCCUCGAUGACGGAAAAAAUUUAGAGUUUUUUUCAUUCGACGCUACUAGCACAUAAUUAUUCAAAGUAAUUCAAGUUCCAUUUUUAUAAACGAACUAUUUUAAUUCAUAAUUAAUUGAUUUUUAACUUGAUGAGAAGUGGUUUUAUGUGACUGUUCUUGAUAUCAUUUGUAUGCUUUUUUUAAUUUUGAUUUGUGCAAUAAAACUAAAGUAUAUGAAAUGGUCUGUU